GUUCACGCAUUGCCUUGUGGGUAGGUCAGAAGCCGAGAGGACGCCAUGUGCUUUUGAGGCAGAGGAUUUGGAAGGGGACUUGGCUGUCAUAAACUUGGACUCUUUUUUUUAGGGGGACACCGGGAUAAAAAGGCUCCAGUAAGCAUGUACUGCACCAGUCACUGCCUCCGGACCGCGCUGCGGGCUGCAGCGACCACUCACCGGCAACAUCUUCAGCGGCAGGCACCAGCCUUGUGUGCUUUACGACACCUGAAGACCAGUCCAGCCACCCACUCAGAUGCCAUCGCCACCCCUCAGCUGGACGGAGCACCCAAACAGUAUUCUCCUAAAAUCCAGCAGCUCGUCAGUGACAUAGCCAGCCUCACUUUGUUAGAGGUAUCAGAUCUCAAUGAGCUCCUCAAGAAAACUCUGAACAUUCAGGAUGUUGGAAUGAUGCCGAUGGCAGCAGCAGGCGGACCUGCAGCGGCACAGGCCACAGAAGAGGAUGAUGUACCCGUCAAGAAAGAGAAGACUCACUUCAUAGUAAAACUGACAGAGUUGAAGGCUGCUGAAAAAGUCAAGCUUAUCAAGGAAGUGAAGAACUGCAUCCAAGGCCUAAAUCUGGUUCAGGCCAAGAAACUAGUGGAGUCCCUUCCCCAGGAAAUCCGAGCCAACGUGUCCAAAGAAGAGGCAGAGAAACUCAAAGCAGCUCUGGAGGCAGCAGGCGGCACCGUGGUGUUGGAGUAGAUCUGAGGUUCUCCACCGUUUUGCUGCUCCUGCACUUCAUUCUUCAUUCUAUUAUUUCCUCUUUUUUUUUUUACAUGGCAAAGAGAAGGAUCAUGGGAAACAAAGAAAUGCCUUCUGACAUUAAUACUGUCUUCUAACAGUGUCAGGCGGGGCGGCACGACUCAGACUGAACUUUCCAGGCAUGCAGCCUGCACAACAGUGGCCGCCCCAGUGUUUGCUCGCCCAUUUGUCAGCUCAUGAUUCCGUCUGAUACUGGUGUAGCAAAGGAGCUACAGAAACACUGGCCUGGGUGCCACGUAUGUCUGUUGGUCAUUCUGUGUGUGUGUGUGUAUGUUCAACUUUUCAAAGAAUGGAAGAUUAUGCUUCAGGGUAUCGUUCCCUGUGUUAUAAAACACCAGAUACUGUAGUUCAGGGGACGGCAGGGCUGAGUCCUUGUGUUGCUCAUAGACUUGUUGAUAAUGUGAUUAAAGAUGACACAUCCAUAACUUC